AUGUCUCACACAAUUUUUCAUUCUCUAGAAAGUUCAUAUAAAAAGCAUAAUAAUGAGAAUGAAGUACAGUUGUUAAUAAAAGAUGAAUUGAAAAAGCAUUACAAUAAUUUUAUUGUAAAUCAACAAACCCAGCUUGAUAAAAUUCCAACAAAACUAAAAAGUCAUAAGUUGUAUUCUCCAUACUAUCUUCUUAACAUAUUUGAUGCUCAUAUUCAUACAGCUGUUUUAACACCAGAUACUUUAGAUGAAAAUGCAAAAUGUUACUGUUUGGCAGACCUUUAUAGUAUACUCAGUUGUCAUCAUUUAAUGACCCUGAUUAUUUUGACAGCAGCAGCAGCAAUUAUGAAUCAGGAUAAUGUUAGAAUCAAUAACAUUCUUAACUAUCUUGUUCAGGAAAUCAGAAAGGAAUCUGUUUUGCGUAGAUAUCAUGUUGCAGCUUGUUAUAAAGAACUCCAGAAAGGUGCUGAUUUGAUUAUUCCAGUUUUAAUUGAUGGAAAGUUACAUCUAGAUAAUGUUACAUUCAUAUUGAUACAAGUGAAAAAUCACUCAAAAACGACAUCAUAUAAAAUAGAAACUACUCUUAAACUUACACCUGAAUAUAUAGAAAUAGAGGAUUUUAAAGAUUUUAAAUUACCAUAUCUGUCAUUAUAUAUGCAAAUUAGUAUUGAUCAACAUAAUCAUGAGGUUUUAUCAUCAAGAAAUAGGAAUCAAAUAUCUGUUGCACUUUUUGGGUUGACUAGAAAGUUAUAUAGUUGUCUGGAUUUGAAAAUGGAAGAUAAAACAUUUGAACUUGAAAAAUCAUUAAUUUGCAGAUAG